AUGGGGUUAACUGUGAUACUAGGAAUUCAUCCAACACCCAGGAUGCUUCCUUUCCAUCCAAUGGAGUUGUUCAACGGUAGGAGAAUCAUUGGAUCAGUUUUCGGAAACGUUAAAGGGAAGACCCAACUCCCUCAUUUCGCCAAAGAAUGCAUGCGUGGGGUUCUUAAUUUGGACGAGUUUAUAACUCACGAGCUUCCCUUUAGCAAGAUCAAUGAAGCUUUUCAGCUGUUGCUCAAGGAAAAAUCAUUGAGGUGCCUUCUUCACCUUUGA